GUUUCAGAUAAACGGGAAACUCAAAAAUAUGACGACUGACAACGCACUCAAUUCUCAACGAGUGUUUAAAAAAUCGUCACCAAAUAAUAAAUUGACGCUUUAUUUGGCUUCCCGCGACUUGGUUGUGGAGAAUGGAUACAUUGACAAGAUCCAAGGAGUUCUGCACGUGGAACCUGAGUGUUUGGAGAACAAGAAACUGUUCGGUCAAGUCACCUUAACAUUUCGCUAUGGCAGAGAAGAUGAAGAAGUGAUGGGACUGAAGUUCUGUAACGAAGCUAUAAUGAGCCUUGUUCAAAUCUGGCCGAUACAUUGCAACCACGAUAGAGAACCGAAUUCGCCACUACAGGAGGCGUUGAUCAAGCGUUUGGGAGCGAACGCGUUUCCAUUCCAUUUGGAGCUGACGCCACUAGCUCCACCUAGCGUACAAUUGGUGCCUGCCAAGCAGUACCACGGCGCCCCUAUAGGGACUUCGUAUGAUGUACGACCCCCCGCCGUCCUGCCUCACUCCCCGCAUCACAACACACUCAGCGCAUUGGCACAUCAUAAUGUACUCAGACUUAAAAAUAAAGCAAAAAUGGAAUCGGAUGAAAAUUGUCGAGGAAGAAAAAAAGAAAAUGAGAGCUCGGAACAGGCACCGCCGCGGGCUACUGUUGAAAAGCCGUUUUUAUUAUCCGAUGGCAGAGUGGAGCUCGAGGGAUGGCUAGAUAAAGCAACUUAUUCUCACGGUGAAUCCAUAAACGUAAAUAUCAUCGUCUCCAACCAUUCGUCGAAAACUGUAAGACGGAUCAAGGUUCUUGUUAUCCAACAUGUGGACGUGUGCAUGUUUUCGAAUGGGAAAUUCAAAAAUGUCGUAGCCCUAGUCAAAGGGCCAGACACACCGGUCGCGCCUGGGGAAACUUUCACUGACAGUUUUAAUCUAACACCACAUAGAGGUGUAACUAAAAACUGGAUUGCUCUCGAAGACUCAUAUUCUAAAUCUGGUGCAAGCCUCGCUUCUACAGUUCUAUGCAACUCAAACUCACCUGAAGAUCGUAACGUGUUUGCCAUUUACGUCUCUUACUAUGUCAAAGUAAAAUUGACUCUAAGCGCCAUGGGUGGAGAUCUAUCACUUAAGCUUCCCUUCACAUUGACUCACUCUUGUAUUAACGAGGCACCAACAGACAGCGUUAUAGAGGAGGCUACUCACAAAAUGAUAUUAGAAGGAAAAGAAAAUAGUGAUGAAGAAGAGAGAGAAACAGAAAACGAUAAGCAGAAUAACAACGGAAAUGAAGAUGUUAAGCAGGAAACAGCAUUCGGUGAUGAUGGAGAAAUAAAAUCACCAGAAGAUCAUAAAUGCAUAGCCGAUGUUCUUGUCAAUAUUGAAAAUAAAAUAACCGAUAGACCAAAGAAAUUCGAAGGGCAAAACGUUGUCCGGAAUGUGAAACCGAAUGAGGACGAAAUGGAUUUAAUCGUAAAGUAUCCUUGUUCGGAUACGUGAUCCGAAGAUUAUGUCGAUAAUGUAAAACAAGAUAUCAAGACUGAUCAGUCGAACGUCAAAGCACCAGAUAUAAUAAGGGAAUUUAAAAACGAGGACCAAGUGCAUAAAUCUGGGUUUGCUGAGAAUUUGAAAAGAGCCGUUUGUUGUAUCGACCGUCGACGACAGUCAUAAUAUUAUCAUGUAUUAGGCUUUGUUCUGGAUACUUGUUAAACUUUAAUCGCUAAGUUAAUCGGUAUUUAUAUUCUAACGAUAAAAAGAAUUCAUAAAACUUAAAUAACGUUAAACGUUAAACAAUCAAUACGUGUCUCUACUACAUUAACGUAUUAAUAACCUACAAAUGUUUUCGAAGUAUACUUUUUGAUGGAAGUCUAUUGUCUUUUCUUAAAGCCUUGAUAUUUUUCUACUAAAUUAACAGCGUCAAAUAUUGGUGUUGGCGAGUUUCAUAUCUAGUCAAUAAGUUUCUAUAGACAUGUUAAGAAAUAUUUUAAGUAUUUUAUCGUAUCAAGACUUGCUGGUCGUCGUAUUCGCGGUGACGUAAUAUAAAGCCUGAAUGGUUACGCUUACUAAAUUAAAAAAAAUGUUAGUUAUCUUUUAAUAUCUCAUUGAUUAUUGUAUUAAUAUUAUAUUAGAAUGCAAAUUAAAUAUAUCGUAAUUAAAUGUAAAUUCAUAUAUUCUAAAAGCUAUUUGUUGGCAUCUAGUCAACUCUAGUUGUAAUUAAAACUAAUUUUUAAUAUUAAGUCGAGUAUUAUGCUUUGAUUAAAUGUCACAUAGAUGUAAUAUGCACUAAAAUACUGUAAAAUAAUCAAUUAUAUGCACAAAAUUAAUUAAAGAGUAACUGUAUCUGUGCGAGUGAUAAAUUAUUUAAACUUGUUGAGUGACAUUUGAUAAAAAAUAGAAUUGUGCAUUAAAAAAAAUAUGACUAAAUUAAGAAAAAAGAUAGAUUGUUUUAUUUUCAAGUUACCAGUUAUUUAAGUAUCAAAUUGCUUCCAACGUGUAUCGAAUUCGAUUCCAUCUGGCAUAUGUUAAAGUCAAAAGUAAAAGUGCUGUGAACGUUUUUACGAACUACAGUUUGGACAGUUUUAAAAGCCCAUAAUUAAAUAAAUAACAAUUAAUAUUGUCAAUUAUCCUUUUUAGAAAUCUUUUUAUUACCAACGAGAAGGUUUAUUUUCAUUUUGUUUCACUUUUUUAUAACAUUUUUCAAUUUGUGUUUGUCGGUGGCCAGUGUUAACAUCAAUAUAGACUGGCCACAUUUGUUGAUGGCAAUUUAAAACUUAAAAGAAGAUAAAUAAAAUCAAAUACUAUUUAAGAUAUAGUCUGCAUUCAACUUUUAUUUUAAAUAAAGAACUAGUUCAAUUAGCGCGUUUCUUUAAAUUAAUAAUAGAAGUCAAUAAAAUCCAAGUUUUUGGUUUUGUUGCACAAUGCUUGUGUUAGUGCCUAUUUUCACUAAGCAAUUAACCGCGCAAGACUUGCGCCUUAGCCUUAGUGGAAAUUAAAUGUAAUUGUAAUUAGAUAUUCAGUUUUUCCGUCUAUAAU